CCCUGCUCUUGGCUUGGCUGCCGCAUUGGCAAACCCAGGUAAUGGCCUCGCGGGCGCUCGACGCGUGGCGGCAGCUCGUGCACCUCGCUCUGCUGCCGCACCUCCUCCUCCUCCUCGACGCCGCCGGCGCGAGGCCGUGCUUCUGGCCGGGGCAGGCGCCCGAGGACCCCGGCUGCCUGAGCUGGCGCGUCAUGGUGGAGGCCAACAACGCCCGGGGGUGGCGCACCGUGCCCGCGCAGUGCGUCGGCUACGUCAAGGGGUACAUGACGCGGGGCCAGUACCUCAGGGACCUCGCCGGCGUCAUGGAGCAGGCGACCGGCUACGCCGACCAGAUCGCCGGCGCCGGCACCGACCCCGACGGCCUCGACGCCUGGGUCUUCGACAUCGACGACACCUGCCUCUCCAACCUGCCCUACUACGAGAUCAAGCAGUUCGGGUGCGCGCGGCCGCAGCUGCCUCCCCUGUCCGUUCUUGCAUCUCGCCACCGAUCAGACGAUGAUGGUUCAGAAGAAAUGUCUCCUUUCCAGGGCGUACGAUCCGUCGGCCUUCAAGGCGUGGGCGAGCAAGGAGGCCUGCCCGGGGAUCCCGCCCGUGCUCUGGCUGUUCACGGCGCUGCUGGACAAGGGCUUCAAGGUCUUCCUCCUCUCCGGGAGGGACGAGGAGACCCUGGGCCCGUGCACGGCCGGGAACCUGGAAGCAGAGGGCUUCUCCGGGUACGAGAGGCUCAUCAUGAGGACCCCGGAGUACCGAGGGCAGAGCUCGUCGGUGUUCAAGUCGGCGAUGAGGAAGCAGCUCGUGGACGAAGGCUACAGGAUCCGCGGGAACGUCGGGGACCAGUGGAGCGACCUGCAGGGCGACUGCGCCGGCGACCGCGUGUUCAAGAUACCCAACCCCAUGUACUUCGUCCCCUGACGAAGCGAAUUUUUUCUUUCAGCCUUGACCUGCCUGCCUGAACUCAUCAGGAAUUCAGGACCAAACAAAUUAUGUAGUGAAUGGUGUAAACGGAUGGCUAAUGUGGAAGAAGCACAGGCCGUAAAGCAAAUAUAAUCGACGACGACGAUGAAGAAGAAGAACCCUUCUUUUACUCCAA